CAACCACACCUUCCCAACAAGCAUGGCUCUGUUUGUUUUCCUCGUUUUGCUUCAAGCAGUGCAGAGUGGCUUUGGUGAAGAUACCUGUGCCCUAACUGGAGAAAAGCCUUCGAAGCCACUGGGUUUGAGUUUCUGUACACGGUAUUCGGACAUGGCCUGCUGCAAGCCUCCCCACGAUGCAGAGAUUGAGGAACUUUUUCUCAUGCUAACAGAUGUUGGCGAUACUUGUAGACUUCGAGGAGACAUCAGAGACCAUCCUAUGGCUGUUCUCUAUUGUCUGGGCUGCAGUCCUGACCAACCAAAGUAUGUAAAUACCGCCACAAGCAAUAUUCGAAUAUGUUCUGAUUGGGCCGCAGAAGCAUUCGGAAAUGGAAGCACUCUGUUUAGGACCAGUCGUCUGAGUGAGUGUGGCCUUCUUGUGUCAAGUCCAUGCAAGGGAUUUGCUGGAAAUGAAGAAACAAUUUUACCAGAUAGAGAUCGAUAUGUGUGUGGAGACGACUACAUAUUCCCACACCAAAUGUUCAAGUCAGUUGAAAGUUUUCUCAACUUUCAAGAUAUGGGACCUCCUGGAUUUGACGACUUUGGAUUUGAAGUUGUUGAUGGGGACUCUGAGAAUCUCUGCUUCAGUUCUGCCCCAGCUAAGCAUUUUACCGGAAUUCAGGCUAUCUUUUUAUUUUUUCUAACUGCUUACCUCGUGCUGGUAUGAUAGACUCAAUUGGAUGGAUGGCGAUCAUGAGUUUGCUAGAGCUGCUGGCACUUGAUGAAUUUUAAAUGUUAUUGGUAGUAAGUGCUGUAAGCUGCACUUUGUAUUUUAUAAGUUAAUGAAAAGUCUUUUACCAAA